CAACAGUUAUGAAUAGGCAAUAAAUAGAAGUGGAGAAGUGUCGUUGAUAAAGUGUGUUUAAGUUGAGGAUGAGGAAAUCAGCGAAUGUUGUUAUAGAAAUGAAAGGAGAAAAUAAGGGAGAGAAUGAGCAUUGUAAUGAAGAAGUACCUUUACAAGAUGAAAACAGCUAUAGUCAUCAUUUCAGAAAAAUGGUUAAAUCAUUUUGUAGAGAUUGCUGCUCUGUUAAAACUCUCAAAAAAAGAAUACCAAUAAUCAGUUGGUUACCAAAUUAUUCUUUAGCAUAUUUGAAAGGUGAUGCGGUAGCUGGUUUGACAGUUGCUUUAACAGUGAUUCCUCAAGGAUUAGCACUUGCUCAAAUUGCUCAUCUGCCUCCUCAGUAUGGUCUUUAUACAGCAUUUAUGGGAUGUUUUAUGUAUACAAUAUUUGGAAGCUGUAAAGACUUGACAAUUGGACCAACUGCAAUUAUGUCAUUAAUGACUGCGGAAUAUGUUGGUGCUGGAGGAAUUCCAUAUGUUUUGAUAAUGACUUUUCUUUCUGGUUGUUUGCAGCUUCUUAUGGGAAUUUUACAUCUUGGAUUUCUUGUGAACUUUAUAUCUGCAUCUGUUAUAAGUGGUUUCACAUCUGCAGCUGCUAUUACAAUAGCUUCAACUCAAUUAGCUGGUCUUCUUGGAGUAAAAGUUAAAUCUCAAGAAUUUUUUACCUCAAUUUAUGAAAUCUUUUCAAAGAUACAUACAGCAAAUUAUUGGGAUACUAUUAUGGGAAUUUUGUGCGUAAUAAUUCUGUUAUUACUUAGGUAUUUUAAAGAAUUAAAAUUUAGAGAAGACUCAACAAUUACUCCAAAAUUGAGAAAAAUUUUGUCUACAGUUUGGUGGAUGAUUACAACAGGAAAAAAUGCUUUGAUUGUUCUUGUCUGUGGAGGUUUAGCAUCUAUUCUUUUAAUUUAUAACAUAUCUCCAUUUACACUUACUCAGGUUAUCAAAGCUGGUUUGCCACCAUUUGAACCACCACCAUUCUCUGUUGACGUCUAUGAUAAUUCAACUAAUAAAACUGAGCACAAAGAUUUUAUUAGAAUAGUUCAGGAUUUGAGAAUUGGUGUGAUUAUGAUUCCUGUGAUUAGCAUCUUGGAAGCAAUUGCUAUUGCCAAGGCUUUUGCUAAAGGAAAGAAACUUGAUGCAUCACAAGAAAUGAUAGCUUUAGGAAUUGGUAACAUAAUGGGUUCAUUUGUUUCUUCAUUUCCUGCUACUGGAAGUUUUUCAAGGACUGCAAUAAAUUAUAGCAGCGGUGUCAAAACUCAGUUUGGCGGAGUAUUUACAGGAACUACAGUAAUUCUUGCAUUGUGCGUCUUGUCUCCAUAUUUUCGUUACAUUCCUAAGCCGUCUUUAAGUGCCAUCAUAAUUGUUGCCGUUCUUAAUAUGGUGCAUUACAAAGAUAUUCCAGUUAUGUGGAGGACAAACAAACUUGAUCUGUUACCUUUUCUUGCUACUUUUAUUUGUUCAUUUGUAAUCGGGUUGGAAUAUGGAAUUAUUAUUGGUAUGUCCCUUGCAUUGAUGAUAAUCCUAUUUCAACAAGCAAGACCAAAAAUAACAUUUAAAGAUAAACUGACCUCACAGGGACAAAAAUAUUUAUUCGUCCAACCUGAUAGAACAGUAUUGUUUCCUGCUACCGAUUAUCUUACCAGUAAAAUUACACAGAAACUCCCAGAUAAUAAAGAUUUUCAAAAUUAUUUCGUAGUGAUCGACGGUGAAUAUAUCAUAAGUUGCGAUUAUACAAUGGCUGUUGCAAUGAAGAAUAUGAUUGAAAACUUCAGUAAAAUGAACAUAAUUACAGUUUUUGUUAAUUUGAAACAACAUGUUAUUGAUACUAUAAAAGGUGCAAAUCCUAUUGUUUUCUAUUACUGCCCAUCUGAAUCUCAUAUUGAAGAAUUAUUUCAAAGUUAUUUAAAUCGUAAUACAGAAUGGGUUCGGGAUCUUCCGGUCUCCAUAAACCGUCAAGAGUCAGAUGGAAAAUUGGACCAAGACACUCUGGAGCAUCUCUUGGACUCAAAUUACUCCUAAUAAAAAAUUUUCAAAUGUUAAAGAAAGAUAUAUGUAAUAAUUAUUGCACAAAUAAGUUAAAUUUCUUAGAAAUGAUUAGCUUAUGAUCAAAGUAUGUUGUUAUUUAUGAAAGUUAAUUAUAACAUUUGAAAAAUCUCUUGUAUUGUUUAAAUCUCAAAAUGCACUCGCCUCAUUGGCAUUGCUCUUUAUUAAACAGCUUCACAAGAAUCAUGUAGUGGCCGUUGCUGCUGAUCUAAAGUAAUAUGAGGUUAUUUUACUUGUAGGCAGUUUUAUACCCCCAAAAAUUGACCAUAAUACAUAUACAUUAUGCAUAUAUUUUUUGCUAUCUUAUAUAGCAUGUAAUAUAUAUUGUAGUAUAUAUUACGUGCUAUAUAAAUAUAUAGCACGUAACAUAUAUUGCAUAUAUAUUACGUGCUAUAUAUUUUUUGCUAUACAUGCUGACAACUUGAAAUUUGUAGAUAUUAGUAUACAAAAUACACUAUAGCGUAAAAUUCGUUUUGAAAUUAUAAACUGUCGAAAGUACAUUUUAAAAAUCUCUUAUCAAGAUGGGAAUGCUGUCGGUAUGGUUACACGAGUACAGAUUUUAUCACUAACACAUAACAGUAUUAAGUACGCACUGUGCAAUUAAUCUUUACAACUAAAAUGCUUAAAUUUCUGUAUAAAUGUAACAAAUUUUGUAUUAGAAGAUUUAAAUAAGUUGUUUUCAACUGGAACAAUGUGACACAUUAGUAUGCUUCAAUGACAAUUCAGGGUUGCUGUGAAAUAGUGCCCAGCCUUAUAGUUAAUACACAUAAAAGUGCAAUAACUAUAUUUGAUACAGAAGUAUGGGUGCUACAAGAAGAAAAUUUGCCAAGUCUGGGAGUGGCACUGUUGGAAAAAGAUUGAAAAGCACUGACUUAAGUCAAGUCUGUAAAGUAUUUUACACAGUAUUUUUAAGGAUGGAAUUAUAUAUAUAUAUAAGUAAUUUAUUUUGAUGUAAAUUAGUAAUUUACUGUUGUAGUAAUAAUUGUUCUAA